AGGCUUUUCGUUAACAGCGAUGCCUGCCAAUGCCGUUAUGAGAUUUAUAACUUCUUACCCUUUCAUCUUCCCAGCUCUGGUUUAUAGCUAUUACGCUGCUCAGGUUGACGAGCAAGGGAAGAUAUCGAGAGUUUGGCAACUCGAAAAUAUUACUCAAUCUUCCAGCUGCCUGAGCAUCUAGUAUGCCAGUGAUCGCCAAAUCUCACGUGUUCCCUUUACCACCAGAGGGCCUCCAGUGUUGCGCUACCAGCUACACAUCCAGUCGUACUGAACACCAUUCCGUUAGGGAUGGGCUUACGUUGAUAUUUACACAUGGUUUGGGUGGACAUAAAGAGCAAUGGGAUUUGACAAUAAGUAAACUAUUAGACUUGGACACCAAUUCUGGACAAAAUGGAAUUUGCGAAAUUUGGGCUGUCGAUUUCCCUAACCACGGGGAGGCCGCAGUGGUCAACCGUCCGGCCCUAUCAACGAGAAAAUCCAUCUGCUCUACUAUGGACUAUGGGAUCAUGCUCCGCCAUUUCCUGUCGUCGUCGCACGUCUCUGGUAGGAGGCUCGUAGGGAUCGCACAUUCAGGCAGUGCGACAGCAUGGGUAUUAGCUAGUAGAAAUUAUAAGCUUCCACUUGAAGGCAUGAUUUUAGUGGAACCUACACUGAUACUGCCUCCACUUUCACCGGAAGACCCACGCGUUGUUCGAGGUAUUGCGAAUGAGAAGGGUGUCGUCGCGAGACGUGAUCGAUGGAGCAGUCGUGACGAACUGGCAAGCUAUUUGUCUGUUCGGCAUCCAUGGAGGAAAUGGGAUUCCCGUAUCUUUCAAAUAUACCUGGACCACGCGUUCAUGACUGUGGAAACAGACGACGGUGCCAGUUAUGUCACUCCAAAGUUAAGCAAGAAGGAAGAAGCACCUUUGUAUCUGGCUGAGUGUCAUUCGAUGCCUGGGAGUGAAUUGGCAGCGAUAUGUGCACAAAUGCCGGUGCACACUAUCUUUGCGGAAUAUCCUGAAUUUAUCUCGCCGACUGCUAAAGCACAAAUAUGUGAUGCUUCCGAAGGGAGAAAGAUGGCUUCGAUAAGGACUAUUAAGGGUGCUGGUCAUCUAGUCCCUCAAGAAAAACCUGUAGAGCUAGCCGUGAUGCUGUGUGAUAUCCUUCAGCUAUUCAUGUCCUUACAAAUGAAAGCAGUCUUAUAGUCCCUACGAUUACUUUAUUAGAUUGUAACCGUUAUGAACAUGCAAUAAGUAACUAAUGUAAUCUAUCAACUA